AUGUCCACCACGAUAGCGUUCGCCUUUGGCGAACAGACCAGAAUAAAUCCGAUACAGCUAGGCAACUAUGCCACUAAGCACGUUAUCGAUCAACUCAAAGUCGUCGAAGCAACGGUGGCGCAUGGACUUACCGCGGACUCGACCACGACGGCAGCAGACACCAGUGUGACGACGAGUUCGUCACAGCGACUAACUCCUGACCUGAAUGAAUGUCAUGCCCCCGUGCCACCUGUCGUGUCCGACAAUUCUACCGGCAUACGCGACACCUCCACUGCGCUGACGCAGCCCGAACGCCAGGGACAAGAGCAAGCCUUCUGCCCAUUCAAACCUAACUUGCCACCUCGUCUGAGGAAAGCAAGACCAGGGCGGCGCGAGCGCGCCCUUCUGCGCCUCCAACGGCAGGCGGGUAUUUCCCAUGACCCCACUACCUGCCAGCAAGGCCAGAGUGCUGUCCCGACGCCAGGAGAUGGCACUAUCAACGCACCAAUGGAGGCGAUCAAUGCCGUCCCGGCUCGGAUACCGGAAGAACCACCCACUCCCGACGACCUGCCUCCUCGCCGGAGGGCGAAGCCGGGUCGGCGAGAGCGAGCCCUUCGACGUCUGCAACGACAGGGAGGGGUGUUGGAGGAUCACGCGGCCUCGCAGCAAGUCGAAGCCCCCGGCCCGAAACCGGGCCCUGAUGCUACUCUGCCGCCGCCGCAGACGACUACGGUGGAUGCGUCAUCACCGGUGAUGGAACAGGGUCUGGAGGGGAGAGUGUGUGUUCAAACGUCGCACGACGAGCAACCAGCCGAGCUCGUGAGCGCUCAGGGUCGAGCGAACGACAUCCAGAAUUCCGCCGCCUCGCAGCACGACGAUCCAUCCGUUUCCCCGCCACCGUACGACCCGAUCGCUCUGGGACUGGAAGCGGCACAGUUCAUCCUGCAACAGCAUGGACCGACCCAGUACCUGGCCGCGGCGGUGGCACACGAUCAGCCACAGUAUCCAGUUGCAGCAGAGCAACAACAGCUUGUGAAUUGGGCGAUCGAGAGGCAACGCGCCGCGUCAGGAGAGGGCGGGUCCAUGGCGGUCCGUCUCGAGUACGCUGAGGGAGGCUCAUUUUCGCGAAUGGCCAUCCUCACGGACUGGGCCCCGCACUACUGGCAGCCAAGGCCAUUCACGCCUAGCUUGCCUCCCAACGCUGUCAGCCAGGAGGCCGUAACCAUACCCCUUCGCGUCUUACAAAACAGUGGAUAUGGCGACGGUGAGCCCGAGGCGCCGUGCGCUUACUCCAGCCCGUGGCCCGUCCCUACGGGUCGUCAAGCGCCGGAAAGGAUGGUUUCAGUACCAUACGAAGCGCCAGCGAGCACUGCGCUGCCGCAAGGAGGUUUUCCUCCCGAGCGAGCUGAGACUCCGGAUGUCCCCGACCUAACACGAUUCCCCGCGGCGCCCGAGCCAUCCAAUCUUCCUCUUACCCAAGCUAUAUAUCCCUUUGUCGACUGUCCAGGGCCCUGUCCUGCGGACUGCCCCAGGCGAUUGAUGUUGGCGCGCGCGUACUCUCGCCGUCCCCAUGCCCGCUAUGGCAUGUCACGCCUUCCCUGUCCAAUUCGAUUCGAUCCUUUUGAUGAGGACCUGGAUAGCGAAGGGAGGGAGCCGCCCUUUCAGUUGGCAGGACUGGAUUCUCCAACGUCACCGAUUUCUCCAGCAACAGCGACGACCGCAUCAGUGUCGACGCCGCGGGGAGCCGCCUUCAAUGCCGGCAUCAGUCCCUGUUCGUCAUGCAAGGGGCUUACGCUAACUGGCGAGGAAGUCAUAUACUCCACAUGUUGCGGAAUCAGGCCGCCCGCUGCACACGCUGGUGACAGCGAGGCCGAAGUGACGCUAGGCAUCCCAGUCCGGCGCGAGAGAAGGCAAGCUCCGCUCGCUGACGGAGAGCACCCGUCGACGCCCUGGUGGUAUCGCGACCAGCGGGAAGCCCAUCGGUAUCUGGAGCUGCUUGAAUACCUCGAGCAUCGUGCCAUACUGCGCAUAAAGGCUAAGCUGGAUAACCUCGAGGAGAGCGACCGUCCCCCGUUGAUGCCGCUCUGGAUUCAUUUCCCCCAGCUCCUUCCCCCGGUCUUCGACGCGCCGCCCGAGAAUAUGCUGCAGCUCCAGCUCAGCGGCAACUGA